GGUGCACCAUCUCGGCUGCCGUAGUUCGUCUUUGCACGUGGGCUCCCGUCGUCAUGGCGGCUGUCCGGAAGCCAGUGCUGCUCGGGCUUCCAGAUGCCGCGGUGCACGGUCGCCCGACUGGGCCCGGUGCCUGGAGUGCCAGCAAGCUGGGCGGCCUUCCGGACGCCCUGCCCGCCGUAGCAGCGCCAAGGCCAGUGUGUGAACGUUGCAGGCAGUUGCUUGCCUUGGUCGUGCAAGUGUACUGCCCGCUGGAAGGUUCCCCGUUUCAUCGGCUAUUGCACGUGUUCACUUGCCCCCGCCCCAGGUGCGGCAGCUGCGGAGCGCGCAGCUGGAAGGUGUUCCGCUCCCAGUGCCUGCAGAUGCGAGAGAAAGAGGCGCCAGACACUCAGAGACAGGAGAAGGGCCUUGCAGCUGAGGAUUGGUGUGAAGGUGCAGAUGACUGGGGAAGUGACAAUGAGGAGAUGCCUUCACCACAGCUUACCUUGGAUUUUGGAAAUGAUUCUAACAGUGCCAAAGACUUAGACUGUACUGCCCAGCUCCAAGACCUCUGCCUGCAGGAGACUGUCCUGGCUGCUGCUCUUACUGUGCCUCCUGGAGAAGAGAUGGCCCUGCCUUCUGUAGUACCACAGUUCCUGCCCUACUACAUCUGUGUCGUAGAUGAGGACGAUUACAGGGAUGUGGUCAGUCUAGAUCAUGCUCAUAACCUUCUGAGGGAAUAUCAACAGAGAGAAGGAAUUGAUAUGGAACAGUUGAUUUCCCAAAGUCUUCCUGGUGAUGGUAAUGAAAAAUAUGAGAAGACCACAAUUAAAAGUGGAGAUAAGAUAUUUUACAAAUUCAAGAAAAGAAUUGCUGCUUGUCAGGAGCAGAUUUUGAGGUAUUCCUGGAGUGGAGAACCACUUUUUUUGACUUGUCCUACAUCAGAAGUCACUGAGCUCCCAGCCUGCAGCCACUGUGGAGCCCAAAGGACAUUCGAGUUUCAGCUUAUGCCAGCACUGGUCAGCAUACUGAGAAGUGCUAAUUUAGAACUAGCAAAAGAAGACCAAUCAACCAAAGCUGGAAGAAGAAAGGAAAAAAUAAAGGCUACGGCAGAGAUUUUGAGGGAGAAUAUAAAAACAGGAGAGAAAAAUAUACAAAACCAAAUUAUUUGGUGUGGAUUCUUUAGUUUUCCACAUACAAGAUCAGAUCAUCUGAAACAGAUCAGUUUACUUUCUCCUUUCCAGUUUGGAUGCCUUUUAUUUUUUUUUCUUGCCUAAUUGCUCUGUCUAGAACUUCUGUGUUAAAUAGAAGUGGCAGAAGUGGGCAUCCUUGUCUUGUUCCCAAGUUUUAGGAGGAAAGCUUUCAGUUUUUCACCAUCAAAUAUCAUGUUAGCUGUGGGUUUGUCAUAUAUAUGGCCUUUAUGAAAUUGAGGAAUUUCCCUCGCAUUCUUAGUUUAUUGAGUGAUUUUUAUCACUACAGGAUGUCGAAUUUUGUCAAGUGCUUUUCCUGCGUCAAUUGAGAUGAUCAUGCAGUUCUACUCUUUCUCUUAAUGUGGUGAAUUACAUUGAUUUUUUUUGUAUGUUUAACCAUCUUUGCAUUCUUGGGAUAAAUCCCAUUGGAUCAUGGUGUAUAAACCUUUUUAUAAGUUCUUGGA